AUGACUUCGACCUUGAUAAGACGGCGCUCCAUCGUAUCGUUUGCAACUUCUCGGCCAUUGUAUUCACCUUUCCUGCCAGUCGCUCAAUCAUUCCCCUGGUCCACACGGGCAAUUUCAUCGUCCUGGACAGUAACGCGAUCCAUGAUUAAAUUGAUUUGGUUGAGGAUGAGCCUCGUGGCCAACUCGCGGCCUGUUUUUGUUUGGUCGUAUUGCCCACCAUUCGCGCGACGCGUUGCGCUUUCUCUUCUUGUCUUUCACUCCAAAGGCGAGUCGCCUUCUGCUCACAGAAAUUCAAUCCAAUCGUGUCUUCCGUCGGUACUACAUAUCAUUCCUCCUCCUCCGCGACCCGCGAAGCUCAUUAGUCCUUCCACCCGCACCCCAAGAAUCCGGAGACGCCGUAACAUUCUCAAAAACGUCUUCAGGAAAUCAAAGGCCAGUCCGAGGCCCCGCCGGCUGCCGUAUACCCCCGAUGACUAG